UCACGGUAUCGUAAGUCGCCGGCUCCGGGUCACUGGCAUAAACGCCUUAAAAAUGAAGAUCUGGGCGUCAGAACACGUAUUCAACCACCCGUGGGAGACGGUGACCAAGGCUGCGAUGCAAAAGUACCCCAACCCAAUGAACCCCAGUGUUUUCGGAGUGGAUGUGCUGGACAGACGUGUGGACAUUGAGGGACGAUUACACAGUACCAGACUGCUCAGCACAGAGUGGGGGCUUCCCUCCAUGGCCAAGUCUAUCAUUGGCGUAACAAGAACGUGCACUUAUGUUCAGGAACAUUCAGUAGUAGACCCCAAGGAGAAGACCUUCGAGCUGAAAUCUACAAAUAUCUCUUUUACUAACAUGGUUUCUGUGGAUGAGAAGUUGACCUAUAAGCCACACCCGCUGGAUCCUGAAAAGACAGUACUUACUCAGGAGGCUCUGAUCACAGUAAAAGGUAUUAGCCUAAGCAGCUACCUAGAGGGCCUUAUGGCCAAGACCAUCUCUGUCAAUGCUAGCAAGGGUCGUGAGGCAAUGGAGUGGGUCAUCAGACGAUUAAACACGGAAAUCGGUGGGUUGGCAGCAACAGCUUGUGGCACCAUACGCGUUCCCAUGGCAGCCGCUGUUGGAGACAAAUGACGGCCUUCCCGCUUCCAACAUCUUUAUACUGAUGGACCUCUUGAACAUUUCCCCUUCAAAAGGGAAACCUCACCUCAUCUGCCAGCAUAGCCUAACACCUACUUACUGCCCAUCUUUUGGCCCUGCGUAUGUUUUUGAUGUGUGUCACAAGAACUGACCCUUGACCCAUUCUUCAACUUGACUGCCAUUAAGUGUUGAUACUCGCCAAUGGGUAACAACUAUGCUGGCAGGGAGAGAGAAAGAAGUUUAAGGAGCUGAUGACAGUUAACAGUAAUGAUAAAAUCAAUAACAGGGUACAACAGGACUAUACUUAAAACUCAUGGGGAUUUGAGCUGUUUUUUUCCCCUCUUAUAUUCACAUCGUGCCUCCACACCAUGUCAUCAAGUUUAUCUUUGUUUUUGUUUUUCCUCCUCUCUACUUUCUCAUCUGUCAAUGCUCUGUUUUCUUUCUGGACUGCAGCAAGUUGUUGAACACAUUAAAUAUGUAACUUAGGCAAAAGCCCAUGGAGGGAACUUAGUUACACUGAGUCAAAGUUGCCUGAAAUGCACUCAGUCGCUUCUCUGGGAUUAGUUAAUCUUGCAAUGUAUAUCAGAGCCCAUUAUUUUAUUUCCAACAUGUAAACUCUGCAUCUUGUACCCUAAGCAAAUUCUGAAAGUAAUUGAAAGCGUAUCGGUUGUUGACCCAGCUUUCAACUCAGCAUCAUGUUGGAUCCACUCAUCUGCUAGCAAUCUUGUCUUUUUACUGUCUAGUGCAGCCAUUUACAGCAUAAUUUUUAUUUAUAGAAAAAACUCACUUAUUGUGAUCAAGUUUUACUUUUGUCAGUCAGUUCUCCUAUGCUUGUGAUGCGGUGUAUAGUUUUACUUAUACAAACAAGAAUGUGCACACAUGAAUGUUGUAGUUUUAACUUAUUUUCAAAAUGCGCCCUUAUUUUUAAAAUACAUUUUUUUGACAGAAAGCACUAUUUCUGUCUUUGAAUGUUGCAGAAGUGCAAGUCUCAUGAAUAUAAGCUCUGAGUAGCGUGGUGGCAUCCACAACAUUAUGAGUGUUGUAAAUGUUCACCACCGCCAUAGGAAGAGCGUCUUGGUUUAGGGUGUGUUUAGGAUCACUGACAGUCGGUGUGCCAACAUGAAGGUGCCCAUUUCAAAAUGGCUGGAAAGCAGGCAUUGAAAUGGUUGGAGUUACCCAAAGCACUUCUUUACCAUGCAGAUUUGUGAUCUUGAAUAUGCUGACUUUGUAUCUUCUGCUCAUUGUUUUUGUUUCAUGUUGUUGGUUAGAUAGUAUUUAUGUGUUAGGCUUUUCCCAGUGGUGUACUGUAACAGGCUGUUUAAGGUCAUCUCACCUUCUUUUUUGGAAACUCCCAGCUUUUUAAGGGUUUAUUUUUUCCAACUGAGGUGGAUUUUUAAAAAAAUGUUAUUUACAGGAUUUCCUCUGCUUAUCCCAUAGAGGUUGUUAUGAUUCUACAGUGUUGACCUUGGUUCAGUUCCCUAUUUCCCCAUAGUCUCACAGCAUCCCCCUGUGCUGUAUGCUCCACAACUACUUUCCACCUGCUUUGAUUACUCCUCCUUCGCUAAGCUUUUUUCUUGUCCUCCCUCGGUGCUUUAACAGGGAGUUCACGAAUGAAAGUUUACAAGAAAAGGAACUUGGGUUUAAUUUUUUUCUUUUUCUUUUCUUUUUUUAAUGUUUGAGGACAGACCUGUCCUAGACUUGAGUUCAGCAUUGAAAUAGUUUUGCAAGGUGCUCUGCCAUCAGCCCCCCGCCCCUGGCUAUUGUUGAUCUGCUUGAUUUGGUUUGCAAGGUCUUGGACAAGAUCUUGGUGGCACACAACUUUUGGUAAACUUUCACAGAAAGCAAUUUCUCAAACGUUCAUAUAUCCCCGUCAAGUUACUACACUUUUAUAAACCUGCUUCUAUCUCAAGUAACCUCCUUUUUAACUACUGGUUUCUUGUGUAAUUGUUGACUGCGAAGCAGUCUCUUCUUUCAUGAAUGAAGUGUGAUGCUGUGAUCUGCUAUGCUGAACAUUCUGAAAACAGUGGCUGUCCAUGGGUAUAUAUUUAUAUUUUGGUGGAGUUGCAUACAUUCCAAGAAUGUCAAAAUGUAACAAAAUAAAGAGUGCACACACUGAAAUGAUUUCAACAUAAGGAGAUGCCACCGUUUCAUGAAUUUGGCAGUGUUAGUGUGUUGUGUAAAGGUGGUUUUCUGUGAGAAAACUUUCUUGUGCUUUCAAAACAUCUUCUGGCCAAAUUGGGAUGAGGAAUAAGUCAGUCAAGUCCAUGAGAAACCAUCUCGUUUUGUGUGUUUGGUUUCCAAAUACUUGCAGCCUAAAUGUCUUCAUGCUUGCUCAAUAAUCCAGGUAAGAAAAUCACAGAUUAUCUAACAACUAGCCCUGGUAGAUAAUCCUGGCCACAGUGAAGCUAUCUGCAAUUGUCAAAACUGGAAACAACACUUGAAAUGCUUGAAAAUGUGCUGUUAUUGGAGUGCAUUACACUUUUAGCUGUUGUUCAGCAGAAUCAAGUUACAGUGCAGGUUUGAUUGCUGAAUCCAUCUGUUUGAUAUAAAUUAGUAGUUGGGUGCUAAAUAUGUUGCUAGCAUGUAUUUUCAGAUCAUAUACUUUAAAGCCGGGGUGUUGAAGCUUUUAUAGCACGGGACUCCACUUGGGUAAGAUUAACCUCAUUUUUCAACCUGGAUUCAUUGACACACAUUAGCAUUUUUGUCAUGUGAGGCCCAAGUCAAAAUGGCCCCUAAGUUCAAUUUAGUUGCCAGCUCAAAGGUAA